AAUUAAUCUUUGAUCCAAAUCCAAAACCGACUAUAGCUAUCCCUGUAACCAAACACCGCCUCUUUUCCCCGUCUAUAAAUACAACACCAAACCCUCAGAAAUGCUCUUUCGUUUCCAAAAGUCUCCUUCUUCAGAGGGGCAGAGAGAGGGCCUGAUUACAGAUUUCUCUGUAAAACCCUGAAAUACUUCUAACGGCUAACAGAAAAUUGAAAUCAAAUUUAUUGUACCCAAAAGAAAACGAAAAAAUAGAUAUAAUUUUUGUUCAAAUCACAGUUAAUUUCAACAAACCCUAGUACUCCGUUCCGGCGAAUCGCCAUGGAUCUGCGGUUCCCCUUCUCUCCGGCGGAGGUGGCCAAAGUCCGCGUGGUUCAGUUCGGGAUUCUCAGCCCCGACGAAAUUAGGCAAAUGUCGGUUGUGCAUAUUGAGCAUAGCGAGACAACAGAAAGGGGCAAGCCGAAGAUUGGAGGUCUGAGCGACCCGCGGCUUGGGACGAUUGAUCGGAAGAUGAAGUGCGAGACGUGUAUGGCGAACAUGGCUGAGUGCCCCGGGCAUUUCGGUCACCUCGAGCUCGCGAAACCUAUGUUUCAUAUUGGAUUCAUGAAGAUUGUGCUCAGUAUUCUCCGUUGUGUUUGCUUCAAUUGCUCCAAAAUUUUGGCCGAUGAGGAGGAACCGAAAUUCAAGCAAGCGAUGAGAAUUAGAAACCCAAAAAAUAGACUUAGGAAGAUAUUGGAUGCCUGCAAAAACAAAACUAAAUGUGACGGUGGUGAUGAGAUUGAUGGGCACAGUCAAGAUACAGAAGAACCUGUAAAGAAGUCUAGGGGUGGGUGUGGUGCUCAGCAGCCAAAAAUUUCUAUUGAUGGGAUGAAGAUGGUUGCUGAAUACAAGCUUCAGAAGAAGAAAAGUGAUGACCAGGAUCAGAUGCCUGAACCUGUUGAGCGGAAACAGCAGCUAUCUGCUGAAAAGGUACUUAGCAUUCUGAAGAGAAUAACUGAUGAAGAUUGUCAAUUGUUGGGCUUGAAUCCGAAAUUUGCUCGCCCUGAUUGGAUGAUUCUUCAAGUUCUUCCGAUCCCUCCUCCUCCUGUCAGACCUUCUGUCAUGAUGGAUACUUCUGCUAGGAGUGAGGAUGAUUUAACUCAUCAACUGGCGAUGAUCAUUAGGCACAACGAGAACUUGAAGAGGCAGGAGCGCAAUGGGGCUCCUGCACACAUCAUCUCAGAGUUUGCACAGUUGCUGCAGUUUCAUGUAGCCACAUACUUUGACAAUGAACUACCUGGACAGCCAAGGGCUACCCAAAGAUCUGGUAGACCAAUCAAAUCGAUAUGUAGCAGGCUUAAGGCAAAAGAAGGUCGGAUCAGAGGUAACUUGAUGGGAAAGAGAGUAGAUUUUUCGGCUCGGACUGUGAUUACACCUGAUCCGACAAUCAACAUUGAUCAACUGGGUGUACCUUGGAGUAUUGCCUUAAAUCUCACAUAUCCAGAAACUGUAACCCCGUAUAACAUUGAAAGGUUGAAAGAGCUUGUAGAAAACGGACCUCAUCCUCCUCCUGGUAAAACUGGUGCAAAGUAUAUAAUUAGGGAUGAUGGCCAGAGGCUUGAUCUUCGGUACUUGAAGAAAAGCAGUGAUCAGCAUCUAGAACUUGGAUAUAAGGUGGAGCGACACUUGAAUGAUGGAGACUUCGUCUUGUUCAAUAGGCAACCGAGUCUGCACAAAAUGUCUAUAAUGGGGCAUAGAAUCAAGAUCAUGCCUUACUCAACCUUUCGCCUGAAUUUGUCUGUUACGUCUCCCUACAAUGCUGAUUUUGAUGGUGAUGAAAUGAACAUGCACGUUCCCCAGUCAUUUGAAACAAGAGCGGAAGUUUUGGAACUGAUGAUGGUUCCAAAAUGUAUCGUGUCCCCGCAAGCGAAUCGGCCAGUGAUGGGGAUUGUGCAGGAUACACUUCUAGGAUGCAGAAAAAUUACUAAAAGGGACACAUUUAUUGAGAAGGAUGUUUUCAUGAACAUUCUGAUGUGGUGGGAGGAUUUUGACGGCAAAGUACCUGCUCCAGCUAUCCUGAAACCUAGGCCUCUUUGGACUGGAAAACAAGUAUUUAACCUGAUCAUACCAAAGCAGAUAAAUCUGUUGAGGUAUUCGGCAUGGCAUCAAGAAACCGAAAAAGGAUUUAUAACUCCAGGGGAUACUCAAGUACGAAUAGAGAAAGGGGAGUUACUUACUGGCACAUUGUGUAAGAAGGCGCUUGGGACAUCCACUGGAAGUCUGAUUCAUGUUAUUUGGGAAGAAGUCGGUCCAGAUGCAGCUCGUAAAUUUUUGGGACAUACACAAUGGCUCGUCAAUUAUUGGCUCCUGCAGAAUGCGUUUAGUAUGGGAAUUGGUGAUACAAUUGCUGAUGCUGCGACAAUGGAGAAGAUCAAUGAAACAAUUUCAAAUGCAAAGAAUGAAGUGAAAGAGCUUAUCAGGGCUGCUCAAGAAAAGCAGUUGGAGCCUGAACCUGGUCGAACUAUGAUGGAAUCUUUUGAAAACAGAGUGAAUCAGGUGUUGAAUAAGGCCCGUGAUGACGCUGGAAGCAGCGCACAAAAGAGUUUGUCAGAAAGUAACAACCUCAAGGCUAUGGUUACUGCUGGAUCAAAGGGAAGUUUUAUUAACAUAUCUCAGAUGACUGCAUGUGUGGGGCAGCAAAAUGUUGAAGGCAAACGAAUACCUUUUGGAUUCGUCGAUCGUACAUUACCACACUUCACCAAAGAUGAUUAUGGUCCAGAGAGUCGUGGGUUUGUGGAGAACUCGUAUCUUCGGGGAUUGACUCCGCAGGAGUUCUUCUUCCAUGCCAUGGGAGGUAGGGAGGGUCUUAUUGAUACUGCUGUGAAAACUUCUGAGACUGGAUAUAUUCAAAGGCGGUUGGUGAAGGCUAUGGAGGAUAUCAUGGUUAAGUAUGAUGGGACUGUUAGGAAUUCCUUGGGUGAUGUGAUUCAGUUUCUAUAUGGUGAAGAUGGUAUGGAUGCUGUUUGGAUUGAAUCGCAACCUCUUGAGUCGCUGAAGCUGAAGAAAUCAGACUUCAAUGACAUGUACAAAUACGAGAUUGAUAAUUCAAACUGGAAUCCUAAUUACAUGUUACCUGAAGCUGUGGAAGAUCUGAAAACAAUUAGGGAAAUUCGCAGUGUGUUUGAUGCUGAGGUUACGAAACUCGAAGUCGACAGGUUCCAACUCGGGACAGAGAUUGCGACUACGGGUGACAACUCUUGGCCUUUACCUGUUAAUAUCAAGAGGCUUGUCUUAAACGCACAAAAGACAUUUAAAGUUGAUUUCCGGAGGCCUUCUGAUAUGCACCCAAUGGAGAUAGUGGAAGCUGUUGAUAAGUUACAAGAGAGACUUAAGGUGGUUGUUGGUGAUGAUUAUCUGAGUACUGAAGCCCAGAAAAAUGCUACUCUUUUCUUCAAUAUAUUGCUUCGCAGUGCCUUAGCAAGUAAAAGGGUUUUGAAGGAGUACAGACUUACACGUGAGGCGUUUGAAUGGGUUAUCGGUGAGAUAGAAUCUCGUUUUCUGCAGUCGCUUGUUGCAGCUGGGGAAAUGAUUGGAUGUGUUGCUGCGCAGUCUAUUGGAGAGCCUGCUACACAGAUGACUCUCAAUACGUUUCAUUAUGCUGGUGUGAGUGCUAAGAAUGUUACUUUAGGUGUGCCGAGGCUGAGGGAGAUUAUUAAUGUUGCGAAGAAAAUCAAAACACCGUCUCUCUCCGUGUACCUGAAGCCUGAUGUGAGUAAAACUAAGGAGAAGGCUAAAAAUGUCCAGUGUGCUCUAGAAUAUACAACUCUACGGAGUGUGACACAAGCCACGGAGGUUUGGUACGAUCCUGAUCCUAUGAGCACUAUUAUCGAGGAAGAUGUUGAAUUUGUGAAGUCCUACUAUGAGAUGCCCGACGAAGAAAUUGACCCAGACAAGAUCUCUCCUUGGCUGCUUCGCAUAGAGUUAAAUCGAGAGAUGAUGGUCGAUAAGAAGCUAAGCAUGGCAGAUAUUGCAGAGAAGAUUAAUACUGAAUUCAGUGACGACCUGACGUGCAUAUUUAACGAUGACAAUGCCGAAAAGCUGAUCCUUCGUAUUCGUAUAAUGAAUGAGCAGGCCCCCAAGGGUGAAUUGGCUGAUGAAUCGGCUGAGGAUGACGUGUUUCUGAAAAAGAUCGAGGGUAACAUGCUUACAGAAAUGGCUCUUCGAGGCAUACCAGAUAUCAACAAGGUGUUCAUAAAGAACAGCAAGCUGAAUAAGUUUGACGAGAACGAUGGGUUCAAGGCGGAGAAUGAGUGGAUGCUCGAUACAGAAGGUGUGAAUCUCUUGGCUGUCAUGUGCCACGAAGAAGUGGAUGUGCGUAGAACAACGAGCAAUCACUUGAUCGAAGUUAUCGAAGUUCUCGGAAUAGAGGCGGUUAGAAGGUCUUUGCUGGACGAGCUGCGUGUCGUCAUAUCUUUCGACGGGUCCUACGUGAACUACCGCCACCUGGCGAUAUUGUGCGACACCAUGACUUACCGCGGCCACUUGAUGGCCAUCACUCGUCACGGAAUCAAUCGAAACGACACAGGCCCCAUGAUGAGAUGCUCGUUCGAAGAAACGGUGGACAUAUUGCUCGACGCUGCUGUAUUUGCGGAAACCGAUUGCCUUAGGGGUGUGACUGAAAAUAUUAUGUUGGGUCAGCUUGCACCUAUAGGCACAGGAGACUGUGCAUUGUUGUUGAACGAACAGAUGCUGAAGCAAGCUAUCGAGAUCCCUUUGCCGAGCUAUAUGGAAGGUGGAUUGGAGUUCGGCAUGACACCUGGCCGUUCUCCCCACUCGGGAACUCCGUAUCACGAUGGGAUGAUGUCACCGAAUUAUUUGCUGAUGAGUCCAAAUCUUCGAUUAUCCCCUGUCACAGAUGCUCAGUUUUCUCCCUAUGUUGGUGGAAUGGCCUUUUCUCCUACUUCAUCUCCAGGGUACAGCCCGUCUUCUCCUGGAUACAGCCCUUCAUCGCCUGGCUAUAGCCCUACUUCACCUGGCUAUAGCCCUACUUCACCUGGUUAUAGCCCAACUUCUCCAACGUAUAGCCCUAGUUCUCCAGGUUAUAGCCCAACAAGCCCUGCAUAUUCUCCCACCAGCCCAUCGUAUUCGCCUACUUCUCCUACCUACAGCCCAACUUCUCCGAGUUACAGUCCUACUUCUCCAAGCUAUAGCCCCACUUCUCCAGCUUACAGCCCCACUUCUCCAGCUUACAGCCCCACUUCUCCUGCUUACAGCCCCACUUCUCCUUCUUACAGCCCCACAUCACCUUCUUACAGCCCAACAUCACCUUCUUACAGUCCAACUUCUCCUUCUUACAGCCCGACUUCACCUUCUUACAGCCCUACCUCUCCGUCUUAUAGCCCAACAUCUCCAUCUUACAGUCCAACAUCACCUGCCUACAGCCCAACUUCACCUGGUUAUAGCCCCACCUCACCAAGCUACAGUCCUACCUCGCCAAGUUAUAGUCCUACAUCUCCGAGUUAUAACCCUUCAGCAAGAUACAGUCCUUCUCUGGCAUAUUCACCUACAAGUCCUACGAUCACACCGUCGAGUCCAUACAGCCCAUCCUCUCCUACUUACAGCCCGACGUCACCUUCAUAUUCUCCAACAUCCCCAUCGUAUUCUCCCUCUAGUCCAAGUUAUAGCCCAAGCAGCCCAUACAGCUCUAGUGGAAAUCCAGACUACAGUCCUAGCUCUCCACAGCAGUAUAGCCCAAGUGCUGGAUACUCUCCGAGUGCACCAGGGUACUCUCCUACUUCAACCAGCCAAUACUCUCCCCUGACAAACGACAAAGACGACAAGAGCGUUAAGGAUGAUAAAAGCGGUCGUUGAAGUUCGCCUUUGUAAUAAGUGAUUAAUUAAAAAGGCAUGACCAAGUUCUUGAGCCUUUCCGCGGUUUUUGAGUUUCGAAUUGUCGGAAUUAAUGAUGUGAGAGUUCGGUUAUGAGAGUUACCAUUCUAUUAUUGGUAUUUGAGUCGGGUUGAAAAAAUAUAUAUAAAACGUCCAGUGUAAACCUGAGUUAGGAUUUACGGAGUCUAUGGACAAUUGUAAAAUGUGUUCUGUUCCUUCCCCAAGUACAAAAUGUUGACCUUAUUAAGUAGUUAUAUGCAUCUGUUUUGGAGUAA